AUAACAGAGCGUGAACUUCACACGUGCUGAUGUGGAAAUACUAACAAAUGACAAAAUGCCACGUUGCUUUCUACUGAAAAUUAAUCAAAUUAGAAUUUUUAGCAAAAAGCCAAAAAAAAAAAAAGUGAAAAAACCCCAUGGUCGUCUUCUCCAAACGGACACCAACCAACCUUUUCACAGGUUUCCAAAUGCAGCAGCUCCAUCACCUAGGACCAACCAGUUGAUUUUUUUUUUUCCAUUGAACUAUUCUCAAUAACACCAUCUAAAACUCCAAUAUAACAUCACCGAUUCCAUUCUUUUUUCCUUUCAAGGUUCUGGUUUACUUUUUGAGCUUUUGGGUUCUAGGUUUUAAGAUUUUUAUCUUGAUUUUGAUUUUGGAAUUUCCUGCUGAAAUGAAUUAGGUUUGAGAUUGUGGUCGUGGUUUCUGAUUUGAGAAAUCUAACUCAAGUUUUGGGAUCACCGGUCGCCAUCUCUGUUUGUUGUGAUUGACGGGCUUUCUAUCAUCUCCUUAGACCUUAGGGAUGAUGAUCAAAUGAAACUAGCACUAUUGCGGUAUAAUAUCUUGAUAUUAUUUGAUAGUAUAUUUGUAGGGAGAUAAUUACCAUAUAUUAGUUAGUUUCAUUGUUUCACUAAUUAUCAUAUAUUAGUUAGUUUUCUUGUUUCACUAGGAUCUUAGUUUCCUUGUUUCACUAAGGUUAAGAUUGUAUCCUAUAUAUAUUCUCUCUUGAUGAAUGAAUAACACAAGUCAAGAUUGUAUAGUUUGUACAUGGUAUCAGAGCCACACGGUUUUUUCUUCUCUUCAUCGUAAAUUUCCAUGGCCGGUGACGCCGUACCUCCUCCACCACCACCCAAAAUUGAGUCUAAUUCUCCCUAUUUUCUCGGUCCUCAAGACCGACCCGGGGACUAUAUCACGCCUACUCGUUUCAAGGGCAAUAAUUUUGAUGAAUGGGCAGCCGACAUACAAACGGCGUUGGAGGUACGACGUAAAUUUGAGUUCUUGGACGGCACUGUCACUGAACCGCAGCCUCCUUGUACAAAGUCCGAUUGGACUACAAUUAACGCAAUGUUAAUCUCCUGGAUCACAAAUACCAUUGAUGUUGAUGUCAAAUCUUCCUUGUCAAAAUUUAGGGAGGUAAAACCCUUUUGGGAUCACCUUAAAAGGAGGUUCGCGCAGACUAAUGGACCACGAGUUCAACAGCUUCGGUCUUCCCUGGCUAAAUGUGAACAGACCAAAACCAUGUCAGUGUCCGUAUAUUACGGAAAAUUACAUGCUCUAUGGCAAGAAUUGGAUCAUCAUGAGCCCCUGAUUUCUUGUACUUGUUGCUCAGUCACACGUUUCAACAUCUUCACAAUUGGCAGACAUUUUUACCAAAGCUCUCGGCAAAACUCGGUUUGACUUCUUGCUUUUCAAGUUGGGCAUUUUUGAUUCCCAUGCUCCAACUUGAGGGGGGUAUUGCGGUAUAAUAUUUUGAUAUUAUUUGAUAUUAUUUGGUAGCAUAUUUGUAGGGAGGUAAUUAUCAUAUAUUAGUUAGUUUCCUUGUUUCACUAAUUACCAUAUAUUAGUUAGUUUUGUUGUUUCACUAAUUACCAUAUAUUAGUUAGUUUCAUUGUUUCACUAGGAUUUUAGUUUCCUUGUUUCACUAGGGUUCAAGAUUGUAUCCUAUAUAUAUUCUCUCUUGGUGAAUGAAUGACACAAGUCAAAAUUGUAUAGUUUCUACAAGCACACUGCAUUCUCAUUGUUGAACUGGUACGGAUUGUUGUGCUCCCUUUGUCAUCACUAAGGAUUUAGAUUUCUUCGGUCUUGUUUGCUUUAGCUUUUAAUGAUUGUAUGUAUCUCUCCUUAACAGAACCCUUCUCACUGUUGAGUUUGCCACCGGAGACGCCAUUAAUGCCAAUGAGAGGUCAAGAAAGCGCCGAGAAAUCAGAAAAAAAGAGGGACGGAGGCCGGUGGCAGAUCUUGUAAGGAAAUAGGCAGUGAAGGCAGUAGCAAGCGGAACAGAGAAAUCAGAGAAAAUGUGAAUUUUCAAUGAAAGAAAAAAGAAAAAGUUCACGCCCCUAAAAGAAGUGGGGAACACAUUUUUGCCAUGUCACCGUUUUGUGUUUAAUAGGCACACCCUGAAUAUUAUUGGAGUGUUUAAUAGUAACAAGCUUUAGUUUAGAUGCCAAAACGGAAAAUUGCGGCAACUUUAAAGAGCUGCUUAUGUAUUUGGCUUAUCGAUUAUAUACCAUGCUUAAACUGCUGAUGUGAUAGUCUGGCAAUGAAAAUUCUACCAGCCUCAUGGGACAAAGACAUGCUAACUAUUUUUUAAAUUUCAUAUUUUUAACCAUAAAAAAUAUUGUUAAAAAGAAUAAUAAAGCACAGGAACAUGUACUUCGACGGAUUAAUUUUCCAUUUGAAUUUAAAAAGGAAUAGUAAUAUUUUGCUGCAGGGGCAACAGUUGUUAUUUAGGACGUUGAUGGGAACAUGUAAAUAAACACCAAAUGAAAGGUAACUUUAGUUGGUCUUCUUAGCAAAUGGCAGCUGCAAAACAAGUUAAAGUGAUCAGAGAAUUCAAGAAGCAGUCAUCACAGUUGGACAUGACAAAUCCGUUGAUGAGACUUUGGAUAAAGAUGAAGCUGAAGAAGAAACUGAGGAGCUUACAAACCAGUUAUCUUCAGCUCCAAAAGGUCGGAUAUCGAAGUCAAAAAUGUUACCCCCCCCCCCCCCCACCCAGUUCUGACUCUGCUGCGGAUGUUGAUGAAUGUGAGAAGAGGUUGGCCUCUCUUCGAAGAAUUUGAUGAAGAAUGUGCUUAUUUGUGAUAGCUUUUAUAUGUGAGUAUAAGUUCGUUUUAGAAUUAAAAAUAUAGUAUGUACCAUGAUACAAAUUUGUAUUUUUCUGACUAUUUUUCUUUAGCACCAAACAUCAAUAUGUAUGCAGUAAUUUCUUUGGGUUUUAUGAUC